CUGGAGGGGUAGCCCUGGAUCGGCGGUCACGCCCCUUCUGGUCACGUGGCUCCUCACAGUCAGUCCAACAUGGCUCAUGGAGCGACUCCGGCGCUUCGCCUGUUGCGGGAUUUUCCCUAAAGCGGACGAGUCAGACUCCGCUUUGCCGCGGGACGUCGACGAUGCGGGAGAGGCAGAAGCAGAGGAAGGGGCGGACGUGGGCGGAAGCCGCCAAAACGAGUGAAACCUGGGGGGUGUUCCAGAAAGCAGGUUCUGCUGGCUCCCACGGUCUUGGAAAAGUACCCCAACACGCCAAUGAGCCAUAAAGAGAUCCUCCAGGUGAUCCAGAGAGAACGACUGAAGGAGAUCAGAAGUGGAACGUCGCCGCUAGCAUGUCUGAACGCCAUGCUGCACACCAACUCACGCGGCGAGGAGGGCAUCUUCUACAAGGUUCCCGGCAGGAUGGGAGUUUACACGCUGAAGAAGGACGCGUCCGAGGCCGUGAAGGAACUGUCUGAGGAUGACUCCGAGGACAGCAGCGAGAACCUGUCGGACUCCAGGAAGACGGAGAACAGCGCCGUCUGUCGGGAGAUGAGGACAGGAAGGUGGAUGCGCAGAGUCCCCUCCAAGCUGCAGUCACAGCCCCCAUCUCCACAGCCGCGCUGCUCUUCCCCCCCUGUUCCUGUGGGGAAACUCAUGUCCCCCUCCCAGAAGCACAGCAAGAAAGCUCUGAGACAGGCCUUGAAGCAGCAGAGACACCAGCGCAGACAGGUGGGGGGGCCACCGGUGUCCAGCCCCAGACUCCUCCUGAAGACCAUCAAGGACAUGGCUGAGAACAUCUCAGCUAAGACUGAUUUGUGCCACGCCAGCGUUCCCAGGAAGAGUUCCCAAAGGUCGGGUCGUCUCAGUGCAGGGCAUAUCAAACGGACCAAGUGUAAGAUUGACGUGGAGACGCCAGACUCCAUCCUGGUCAACACCAACCUGAGAGCUAUCAUCAACAAGCACACCCUGUCCGUCCUGCCCCACGACUGCCAGCAGAAGCUGCUCCGCCUGCUGCCCGCCGUCGACCGACAGGCUUGCCUGGACGGCCUCCUGAAGAUCACGGGCUCAGCUCUCAACAACGAGUUCUUUGCAUCGGCGGCGCAGGCGUGGAAGGAGAGGCUAGCUGAAGGGGAGUUCACUCCGGAGCUGCAGCUCCGCCUACGGCAGGAAACUGAGAAGGAGAAGAAGGUGGAGCUGUGGAAAGAAGCCUUCUUUGAAAACUUUUACGGAGAAAAGUUGGGGUUGAGCGUCCAGGAAUCCAAAGAGCUGUCUCUGCCUAAUCUGGAUCAGAAGUUCCAGGAGGAAAAGCCAGAAGAUUCCAGCCGGACCCAAACAGCCGACGCUGCAGCUGUGAGCUCUAACCCUCUGAAGGCCAAAUGUAAGCUGAUGAAGACCCGGGGCUCCGAGCACGCAGAGGAGCCCAAAUGUGCAGCCCCCCCGUCUGAGCCCGGACCCCUAGACUCAUCUGAAGUUUGGAAACCAGCAGAGCAAAGCUCACCUCGCAAACUUCCCAUAAAAGAGCACGAGGAAGAAUCAAAUGACACUGAGGCCGCUCUGCAGACGGGCUCAGACCUCCAAGAGCAUCUCGGGGAGGAGACGCCUGCAGCUCAUGGCCAGGAGCUAACCCCCUCACCCAGCAGUCCCUCCCCAUCCCUGAAGAGGAGGUCCGUUAGUGAGGCGGACGAUGAGAUGAGAGCAGAAAAAAUGUCUCGCCUCUCCUCUGCGUCUUCAGCCUCCUCUGCGUCUCCUUCAGCAUCAUCCAGCCCCGCCACGCCCUCUCCGACCAACCAGAGGGUCCCUCCUCUGAAGAUUCCCGUGUCCCGGAUUCUUCCUGUGUCACCCGGUCAGGGGAGCCCCCCCUUCAGCAGCCCGGGCCGUACCGGAGCGCGUACGCUGGCCGACAUCAAAGCCAAAGCUCAGCUGGCACGAGCGCAGCGAGCGGCGGCGGCCGGGUUGACAAAAGGAGUCGGGCCAGGCCCCGGGCCGGGUCAGCAGCAGCCGUCCUCCGUCGCCUCCUCCCCCCAGGAGGUGUCCCAGUAUUCCAGCUCACCUUCUCAGAGACCUCUGGACUCCAUCUCCCCACUCAGCCCGGGCCAGCCCCCCCAGCCGGGCCAACCAAACCACAAGCAUGGAGGCCGUCCUCCAGAAGGGGUUGGAGAUGCUCCCCAGGAGGUCCAGGCUUCCUCCUCACAUGCUGGGAAGGAGGUCCCGGGACAUCGACCUCCUGUCCGGAGCAGCUCCUGCAUCCCUGCAAACAAUCCUCUGGUGACUCAGCUGCUGCAGGGCAAAGACGCUUCCUUAGAGCAGAUCCUCCCCAAACCGCUGUCCAGAGGGGACACGCGCACCACAAACCCGCCCCCCAUCUCCAGGGCGCCGCCCACUGCAGAGCUCUGGACGGAGAAGCAGGUGGCGCCCGCGGCGGGCUCCAAAGUCCUCAGGGAGCUCCCCGACAAGGAGACGCAGGCGCAGAUCCUGCAGACUCUGAUGCAGAGAAAAGUGCAGCUGCCCCCCCCGCAACACAAACUGUGGCAGCUGUCCCAGGACCCGCAGGCGCUGUCCAAGGUCUCCUGUGGGUUUUUGGGUCGGAAGAGGGCUCCUCGGCCCGCCAUGACGGGGCAUUACCUGCUGAAUGUGUCCACGUACGGCCGCGGCGGCGAGUGCAGGAGGCCGCUGCACUCGCCGCCCCCCCCAAACAAGCCUGAGUGUGGUCUGCAAAGGGAGAGUAAAGACGAUGCAGGGAGGGCGGUACUGGUGAAAACGGAGCAGGAAGGGGGCCCAGAACUGCCGCCUGAAAACAGGGAGCGUCUCCAGCCCCCCUCCAGUCCAAAGACUGAGCCUGGAGUGCAGGAAAAUGCGGCAGGGGGGGUCGGCACCACCAAAGACAAAAGCCUUCAGCUGCAAAGACGCUCUUCAAGCUGGGAGCUAUGCCCCCACCCCACUGACCCCACCCGCCAGAUCCACAGAAGCCUUGAGGGCCCACUGUCAUGUUACAGGGGCGCCAUCAGCAUGUCGGCCCCCCACGUCUCUGCAGGGAGCCCCCCAAGCACAGAGCCCGGUGCGGGGGCCAUGCACGGCAGCGUCAUGUCCUUUUCCGUGACCGUCACCACCAUACCUGCCGCGGCCCAGGACCCGCCCCCACAGGCCUUCAGUGAGGGCGGGGGCCUGGAGGAGGUCCCCCCCCGAUGCUACUGCAGGUUGAAGGCCAUGAUCGUGUGCCGGGGGUGCGGGGCCUUCUGCCACCACGACUGCAUCGGCCCCUCCCGCCUCUGCGUUUCCUGCUUGGUGGUACGAUGACGCUCAGACAUUCAUGCCAGCGGGAUUCGAACCACCGAGUGCGAUGACCUCACACUGGGUUUGGGGCCGGUCGACCUUUGGGGCGGAGCUGUUUGCACUCAGAUCUAUUUUCUUAGUUUCUAUUGUGAGUCUAAUGAGAGUCAAACCGCGGAGAAGAUAAUCAGCUUUGACACUUUUUGAUAAAAACUUUGGACUUUUAGUUUGUGAGACAAUCACUGUCAGAGGGAGAACCGCUGGUUCUGGAUGGGCACUGCUGCACUAAAAACCUUUUGGUUCUGAACCUCUGAAGGUCAUGGGCCUUCAGGUUCUUCCUACAAGCUCCUGUAAAUGUGGUUCUUCUGGAUGGACCUUCAGUGUGAAUACCAUCUUUUAUGGGUUCUGGACUUGUGGUUCUGGACGGGUUCUGGAUUUGUGGUUCUUUGUGGAACUGACGUUUGGCCUUAUUUUCUGUUGAUCUGUAGGGAUGCGGCCUGGACACCAGAGGGCAGCACCGGUCCUUAGUGGCAAUCAAAGGUAGCAUGCUAACGCUACUACCAUGCUACAUGCUAAUGCUUACAGCAGGUGGCCUUAUUGCUGGGGGGGGGGCUAUUUGGUAGAAAAUUUUUGCUUAGAAUUAAUAGUUAAGAACUAAUAUUUUAAGCCCCGCCCUUCAGUGCUGCGAUUAUGAUGCUAAAGUUGCGUUCACAUCGAACACGAGUCGCGCGGCAAAUCCACGUCGGCCGCCUCUCCUUGGCCCUGCGCCGAGUUCUCUGCUCGCCGCCUGUCCAGAAAUGUGUUCAUAGCUUGACGCCCCGGCCGCGUGUGGGAGGAGUGACAGCGUCCGAGCUCUGCUGGCCGGCAGACAGAGCUGCUGGAUGGCGCCUCGUCCAGGAAGUAUCCCGCCUUCGCCCAACAGUAGCCGGGAUGGGCUCCUGCACUCCCGCGGCCCCGUUCGGUGUGAACGCAGCAGAAGUCUGAUGUGGUCCAGAUGCAGGGAUGUCUCACCACAUCUGGAUUUGUGUUCUUAAGAGGUUUUUCAUCAGUUUAGACUGAAUAUGAUUGUAAUGUAAAGUUGAAAUUAUGUUUCCUAGCGGAAAACAACCGAUAAGGUCAGAACCUUCAGAUUUGACGUCUACGGCCAACGGGCUUAGCUAACAGGGCUAGCUGGACCGCCAUGACACGGCGCUAAAGGCCAUUUCCACACGGAACCACAAACCAGCUUCAAUGAUUGGUGGAUCCAGAGUAUGAAAUCACUUUAACACUUGUAGGAAAGCAAACAAUCCCAGUUGUUGGAGAGCACUUCCACAAUAUGAUUUGACGUCAGCUAAUAUUUAUAUUUGAGAUCUUUUUCUUCAAAGCAAAUCUAUUUUGAAAGAACUUUGCAGCUUUCUAAAGGGUAAAAGGCCAAAGUUACUUAAAAACGAAAUUAUUUUUAACUGUCCAGUUAAAGUAAUAUAUUUUAAUUAAUAUAUUUUAUUAAAAUAAUGACUAUUUUCUUCGUAGGAACGUUUUAGCAGGGUAUUUACUGUAAUAGAACAUGGGCGGUAUUUUUCUGGUGGUUUUUUGCAGCAGCACAGGUAACUUUGUACGACAGAUUUAUGCCAUUCUGUGGGUUUCCCUUCAUUGAGGUUGGGUUCCACUGGUUGUCUACAUUUGAUUACUUCAUGCAAUAGUUUUCUUUCCUGAAUAAAUUAGAAGGAAAGAUGAGACGGUUGGUCUAAAAAUGCCGUUUCCAGACUCUCGGCUCGGUUUCCAGAUUUAAGCCUUUGGUGGAAAGUGGGUUUCUGGUACAAAGCCGGACUGCACCGUCUGAAAACUCAGUAACAACCUUCAAGGCAGCUGAAAUCUUUGACGGGGGUGGGGGGUCAGGCAGCCUCCCCCUCACUGGGGUUACCUGUUCCUGCAUUUAAAGCAGGUGAUUCAUGCUGGUUGCCAUUUUGUAAUGACCCAUAAGGCACUACAUAGUUAGUCUGGUGAAUGUAAGACUGUCAUCUGCAAAUGUAUUUACCAAACCCUAGCAAGUAAACUGAAUAAAUAAAGAUUUGCUUGUU